AAACUGCCCCCUGUACCUAACCUCAAACGUCAAAUGUAAACAAAAAAUCAAUCAAAUUGUUUUGUUUUCAACAAUUUUACGAUAAUAUGAAUUAAUGAUUAUUUGUUAGAGGAAUUUGUAAUUUCUUAUAAAAGAAAGAUUGUUGAGUCCCUAGUAUCCAGAUCCAGAUUAUGCUAUUAUGUAGACAAUAAGAAAAAUAUCCUGGUUCAAUGGAAUUAUCAGAGACAUGUCAACCAGAAAAUGCUGCAGAUUGUGCCUCUCCUAGUGAAGAAAAUUUGGAUGAAGGUGAGACGGAAACUGUGACUCAACCAUUAGCCUCCAUAGGGGUAAUUUCUGAAAUUAUAUCACAGGGUGAUGUUCCAAUUGAUACAGAAAAUCCGUUUAACAAUUCUUCUGACUCGCCUAAUGAAGAACAGGAAUCCAAAAAUGUGAACGAAUUACUAGAAAAACUAGCAUAUCAGCAAAGAAUCAUAGAACAAAAUGCAGACACUAUCAGAUUCCUGGAAGAAAAGAACACUAAACAGGAAAAUCUAAGAAAAGAAUUGGAAUGUAUGCUUGAAAAUGCCACUAAGCAAAAAGAAGCUGCCACCAAAGAAAAAGAAAAUAUGGUUAUCAGGUAUGCUGUUGGUGAGAAGAAUGUCAUAAGAGAGCGACAACAAAAAGAACAAGCGGAAAAAAAACUUAAAGAUGCCCAGAAGGAAAUCCAGCUGUUUCAGCAAAAGAUGCAAACGAUGGUUUCCGAAAAGGCCAGGAUUUGUCAGAUGUUGGAUAACAAGUGUUAUGAACACAAAAGUGCCCAGCAAGAGUUAGAGAAAGUGAAGCAGGACUUAAAUAAUGUGGAAACAAAACUUAAGUGGCACCAGUCUAGUUUAAAAACUGAAAUUGAAGCACAUAGGGAUUGCCAAGCAAAGGUUGAAAGCCUUAAUGGUAAGCUUCAAGAUUAUCAAAGCAAAAUAGAAUCGGCGAAAAAAAAUGCAGAGGAAACUGUCCAAAAUUUUAUGACAUCCCAAGAAAAUAAAGCAUAUGUAUUAGAUCAGCAAGUAAAAGAACUGCAGGCUUCACUUAUUCUGCUUAGGCAUGAAAAAAGCGAUAGAGAUCAACAGAUUAAAGUACUGCAAAACGAGUUAGAUAGACUGCAGAGCAAACAGAAAGAAAUCAUAGAUGAAAAUAAUAGUUUAAGCCAAAAAGUUCAGCAACUGGAAAGAGAAAGGUCAGAAAGUGAACAAAAACUAAGUGAAAUGCGCAAUUGUCAAGAUCAGCAGCGACAAGACGCGGCUAACCUGCAAACUAGAAAUGUUCAACUCGAACAGCUCAAAUUACAGUUGAAACAUGAACAAGAACAAUUAAUGGUGGCAAACCAGCAAAUAGAGCUUUUCAAGCAAAGAAAUCAAGAGAUCGACACUGAUAUCGAGUCGUGUCGCAUUAGAGAAGCGGAAUUGCUGCUCUUUACCCAACAACUUACCGAUAAAAAUGUUAGAUUACAAUCGGAAUUUACAUCUAUGGAAACUAAGGUGCAACAAUUAUUAUGCGAACAAGCAGUUUUAAAAAGACAACUUAAAGAACAAGAGACAAAGUAUAAUCUCUUAUCUGCCACAUUGGAUGAACAUGAUGCAAAAUCUAAAAGUGAAAAUGAAAAUUUAAGGAAAACUUUGGAGGAAACUCAAUACAAACUGAACGAGGCUUUAAGGGAGGUUGCAGAUGAAAAAGGGGAGAAUAUGUUGAUUAAGCGAAAGUAUGAGCUCAGUUUGAAGGAGGUAAAUAAAGAGUUACAGCACGCUAGGAGAAAAAUAGAAUCUUAUGAAAGCGGAGAGUCGUCCACUUCUACCAGUAGUUCUGGAUCAUCUUUAAAUGUUAAUAGUCAGUGUCAUAAUUCUUCCGAUUCAGAUCACGUAAAGGUCGUCUCGCCGGACGCCACUAUAGACAAACAAACCCUUAUCGAACACAUAGUAAAGUUACAAAGAAUAAGUGCCAAAAAGUCCGAGAAAAUCGAUUUCCUGGAAGAACAUAUAAAUUCGUUAGUUUUAGAAAUUCAGAAGAAAGCCAAGUUAUUACAGGGUUACGCCGCCAUGGAUCAGAACUCCAUCCUUAGUUCGAAUAGGACCGACUCUAAGGCCAAAGAUAACAGGGCGCAGUUAGCCAGACUUAACGGCAUAAUGGCGUCAAUGUACAGUAAUAAAAAUUGCGACGAAACACUCACAUUGGAGCUAUCUUUAGACAUCAACAGAAAACUGCAAGCUGUACUAGAAGACGCCCUUAUGAAAAAUAUCACCUUAACGGAAAACGUCGACACCUUGGGAACUGAAAUAGAUAGGCUUAAUCAAUUGUUAAAAAAAUCUUAAGUAUUGGAAUAAUAUUUUAAAGCAUUUUAAUAAGUAUUAUUUAUUUUAGUAUUAGCGUCCGUUUUUACGAUGUGUGGCCAAGCCACCAUAUCAAAUGAUUACAGAAACUAUUUAUCAGUAAUCUUAUCAAAUUUAGUCGUAACUAUUAAUCGUUGAGAACCAGUUCUAUAUAGGUCAUAAAUGAUAUCGUUAUGAAUAAAUAAAUAUUAUGGAA